AUGAAUAAGGAACUAUACGCUCCGUUAGAUGUGAAUGAGGUACUCUCGGCCACUAAGGGACUGAGUGUUGAGGCUAGCAUCGUUGUUACCCUGUAUGAAUGUUUACAAAAUGAAUCGGAGUGGAGUUACACGGGCAAGUGGGGAGUGUUGUAUUUUGGAAAAGACAUGAUCAGUAGCACGUUUCAAUUGAUGAUGCUCAGUGUGGAGAGCAAGCAAGUAAUUUGGAGUCAUGAGUGCUAUGAAAAGUUUCAAAUGGAUGCCCUUAAUGAUCACUUUAUCAGCUUUGAGAGCGAUGAUAGAAUUAUUGGGCUCAAUUUGGAGAUGAAUAGCAGGACGUCAGCUUCCAAGUUUGUGAGUGUGGUCAAUGGACGUGUGAACAGCAUCAAUAGUAGUAGUGGUGGUGGUAGUACUGUUCGAUCCUCAAGUCAAGACAGUCUUCCAUCGUCAAGUUCCUCCAAUCUCCCUGCAACCAAACAGCCCAAAAAGGCUAAAGAGAAUGAUGAAGGGAAAUCCUCUAGUGUAUUUGGAGGGUUUGGGUCCAUGUUUAAGAAAGGAAUGGGUACCGUCGGAUCCAUGUUCAAAAAGAAGGAUGAGAAGCCAGCAGAACCAGAGCAAGAUUCAAGAAGGCCACUACGGGAAUCUAUUCGUAUUGGUGAAGUCAAAAACUUUAAGAAUGUUGCUCAUGUCGGAAUCAACCAAGACACUGGUAAAUUUGAAAUGAAAGGACUACCUCCAGAACUCAUGGAUAUGAUGGGAGGUUUAGGUCUCUCACCAGAGCAAGCCGAAGACCCAGAAACUCAAAAGAAGCUGGUCAAAUACAUGCACCGAUACGAACGUAAAGUUGCCAAGGAAAGAAUGUUAGAAGAACAACAUCACAUGGAACAAGAGGCGUCAAAACAACCACCACCCUCAAUAAUUCCACCUCCUCCGCAACCAGUUGAGAGCAAUGUCCCACCUCCACCUCCUGUUCCUUUAAGUGACAGUAGUGGUAAUCAUGAUAGCAGAAUACCGCCACCUCCACCGUAUGACGGUCAUGACACAAGCUAUGUUUCUAUUCCGCCACCUCCUCCACUACCACAAGUCCAAGGUAACGUUCCUCCGCCUCCGCCCUUAAUCAAAACACAGUAUGAGCCAAUUCCUCCUCCGCCUCCACCUCCUCCACUAAUGAAUGAAGGAAGUUCGGAAAUUCCACCACCUCCUCCUGUUGGAAUGUCAUCGAUUCCACCACCGCCUUAUCAAGCAAUUCCACCACCACCAUUAAUUAUUGAAAGCGACAGCAAUGACGAGGAUGAGGUGUCUUUAUCACCAAACAUUCCUCCACCUCCAUCGAUGGGAGCUAUCCCACCACCUCCACCCAUGGUUCAAGGCGAUGAUAUUAGCACAUCUCAUAACAAUCCAAUUAGACACAGCAUGCCUCCUACGGUUCGAAGUAACGUUGCUGUAUCAAAAACUGAGGACAAAAAAGUAGAGCUACCUUCAAAACCAGCUGAUUUUCUUGCUGAAAUUAAGACCUUCUCAAAAGACUCACUCAAAAACUCUCCUCCUACCGAUAUUACCAAGUUCACACCUCAGGAAAAAGAAGGAUUCAAAAAAUACCUUAUGGAUAAAUUUUCCAAAGCGAGAUUACAUGAAGUAUCUGAUUCUGAAUCUGAAUCUGAUGAUGAUUGGUAA